UAUGUUAUUUCAGGACACGCUCUUGUUUUCAUAAGGCGUUAAGAUGAUAAACUCACCUGUUGGUAGACGUUGUCAUGGUGACCAUUUUUGGGGUUUCCCCAACUGUGACGUAGGGGGAUUUCCACCACCAGAGUUAUGAAGAGAAAAGUGAAACGAGCAAACAGAGCUAAUUUCGAUGUCAGUAGUUUGUUCACGAGCCUGAGAUAACUUACAGAAAUCUCUCUGCUUCUCUCGGGAUUUCUUCUCUAAAAAGCUUCUGCUAACUUAACAGCCUUCCAAAAAACAGGCGACGCACCCGGAAAUGAGUGUGUAGCACGGGCCUGACAAGCAGAGCUCCGUUUCUGGUUUUCGGGCAGCAGUUCAACACAACGACUGCGAGAACGCGUGAAGGAGCCGAAGAGACUCUGGUUUCUCCAUUGUCCUUGCAAUGAAAGAUAUGAACAUUCCCAACAGAGACCUGGAUCUAGACUUAAUAAAUGAGUACCUGUUGGAGAAGACAAACAAGGAGUUGACAAUAACGCUGCCUGGUCCUCCUCCUCCACCUGUGGAUCAGGACCUCCAGGCAGUUAAUCCACCGCCAAGGAGCCGGCGAACCACCAACAAUCCAGUGCUGGUAUCUAGAGGAACAGCUCCACAGAAUUCACUCAGCUUUGACCAGGUCCCCACUGUGCACGCUGAUGGUAUGGCAGCGAUGCAAUCCAUUCGAGGCGCUAAAGGGUCAGCUCAGCGACGGGGACCGGCAUCUUUAGCGGCCCAGCGUCGUAUUCCUCAGCAGACGGGUACAGAACAUCUGGAGCUGUUCCUGGAAAAGCCAGACCUGGUGGUGGCGGAGCAGCCUAAGGAGCGCGGCAUGCGCUUCCGAUAUGAGUGUGAGGGCCGUUCAGCAGGCAGCAUCCUUGGAGCCUCCAGCACAGACUCUAACAAGACCUUGCCUGCCAUUGAAAUCCAAGGGCCUAUUGACAAUAUCAAGAAAGUCAUGGUCACGGUGUCUCUUGUGACAAAGGACAUCCCAUACCGUCCACACCCCCACUGCUUGGUCGGGAAAGACUGUACAGACGGCAUUUGUGUCAUACACAUUAAUCCUCACAGUAAUCGCCGACACAGUUUUGCAAAUCUGGGCAUCCAGUGUGUGCGGAGGAAGGAACUUGAUGCCUCACUUCAGAAGAGGAGGAAUAAGAAUAUCGAUCCUUUUAACACGGGGCACAGUAAGAGCAUAGAAGACAUGGACAUGAACGUGGUGAGACUGUGUUUUCAGUGUGAGCUGGAACAAAAGAACGGAGACAGGGUUCCUCUCAGCCCUGUGGUUUCCAACCCAAUUUAUGACAAGAAGGCAACCACUACUGCAGAGCUGAAAAUCAAUCGGCUUAAUGUAAUCAGAGGGCCCUGCACGGGAAAGACAGAGAUUUACAUGCUCUGUGACAAAGUGCAGAAAGAUGACAUUGAGAUCAUUUUCAGCAUCGAGGACUGGGAGGCCAAAGCAGAGUUUGCUCAGACUGAUGUCCAUAGACAAAUAGCUAUUGUCUUCAAGUCGCCACCAUUCCGGGAGCAGAAUAUUUUAGAAGAAACGGAGGUGAAUGUGUGUCUGCGCCGCAUGUCUGAUCGGAUGGACAGUGAGCCUGUCAAGUUCACCUAUGUUCCAGACAACGCAGAUCCCUAUGGAGUGAACCGCAAGAGGAAAAUGAAAACUGAUGUGAAGUUCAGCGAGUCCUGCAACAUUCCUCAAAGUCAAGACUUGCCCAUGAAUGAUCCUGGCACAUCCCAACAAUUUGAUCCAUUCUACCCCACCCCCGAGUGUAACGUCUCGAGUGCUCCCAUGGCAGUCCCUGUUCAGGAUGGUGGCAUCCACAUGCCAUCCCUGACUGUGGAUGAGUUGUUCUAUAACGAAGACUUUAAACAGGAGGACGGUUGCAUUAGCAUGGACCAAGAGGCUUUGAGCUCCUUCCUGCUCCAGUGUUUGGGUCCACAAGGUUCUGACCAGGUCUAUAACCAACUCCUUAAUUCUGAAUUAAACCUUCCUUUGGAUGGCAUGGAUAUUAACAUCAACCAAUCAAUGUUGAACAUGGCAUCCAUAAACGAUGCACACUUCAGUCAGAUGGUGAAUGAGAAUCAGCCUUUUCCAGCAGAACUGGAGAACAUUGAAGGGGUCAUGUUCCACUCUGUGAAGACCGAGAACAACCCGGACCUUUAAAGAUGAACAGUCGCUGCUGACUUUGUAAAAUAUUUUUGAGCCGGUGUUCUGUUGAUUCGUCCCACUUUGUCAGAUUGUCCUACCUCCCAUUCAAAAACUAUGUAGCACAUCUUGAUGGUGAAAUAUGCAAUGUGCUACCAGCGUCAAUUUUUGAUGUGGAGUGAUAUGAGGGCUUGGCCUACCCCAGUCCCUAACCUUAACCUUAAAACAAUUCAGAUACAGGGUAGGAUUAAAUGUCAGGACACUGCAUUUGACUGCCGGUGGGUUUUGGUUGGCACUAUUUGACUUUCAAUUUGGUAGGGAAUGUUCAGUACUUAUGAAGUAACUGAGGCUGAUGACCGUUAGCAAACGGUAGGCCUAGCAUGUAGCCAUUGUGUUUUGUAAAGGGAGCAAGAAAUGCUGCUCAUCUGCUUGUAAUGUGCCAGUUGUGAAUUUUAUUUUGUUGUUGCUAAUUUAUUGUGUGUGUUUCGCAGCUUAAGUUUGUAGUAUUGUGCUUGUUCCCGAUCCAAAUUCACUAACGUGUGUUACAUGAAUCGUGAUAUAACAUUUCUGAAGAGCUGAGGAAUUUCAAUUAACAGCAUUAAAGAGUAAAAGUAAGACAUUUAAAGAGAUAGUUCAUCCCAAGCUGAAAUUCUGUCAUCAUUUACUCAUCCUUCACACUCAUUCAACACAAAAGAAGAUAUUUUUAAGAACAUAGUAAACCUGUAACCAUUGACUUUCAUUGUAUUUGCUUUUCAUACAAUGGAAGUCAAUGGUUACAGGUUUGAAGCGUUCUUCAAAAUACAUUAUUUUGUGUUCAACAGAAUAGAGAAACUGAAGUGAAACCCACUUGAGGAUGAGUAAAUCAUGAGGAAAUUUGUAGUUUUGGGUAAACUAUAAACAAAACAAACAAUAAACCCGGCAGUGGCCGUUUCCUUUUUGGAAAUGUAGUGCGUUAUCAUGAUAUCUGGUUUACCAGUGAGCACUUUUGCAUAGGCUUUGGUUUUACAUGUAGAACCCGACUGACAUCUAAAUCUACCAAUCACAGUUUGUUUUGUUCAGUGUCAUAUAAAUGUCAUAUGUCCUUUAAAAUACAUCAUAUAAGUGACAGAUUAAAUGAACCAUAAAGCAGUUGCUAUAAAACAUUCUCUCAGCGUCUAAAAGGCAGUGGAGGUCACAUGCUCUGCUUCCUGACACAGUUUGGUACUUUGGUCAAGUCGGUGGCUUAGGGAGCGUUUUAGUUUCAGUGGGAAUCGCCACAUUACUUCUUCAAUCUGAAACCUGGUCAUGUUCUAGUAAAACUAAAAUGAAUGUAGUAAAGUGGCACAAACAUUUGGAUACUUUGGUCUGUGUAGUAGCUGCGCUUAAGUAAAAGUUGAAGGAAGCUGUAUAUACGAUCUUAAACAAAGGAAAACGUUUAGUUUAUUUUCAAAUAUACAGCGGGGGAAAUAAGUAUUGAACAUGUCAUGUUUUUUUCUGGGAAUAAUACUUCUAAAGCAGCUGUUGACACUGAAUUAAACCAGAUUUUGGUAAAAACCCAAACAAUAGAAACAAAAAUAAAACAAAACACAAAAAUCUAAAGAAUUAGUUAUGUGUAAUAACAAUGAAAUGACACAAGGAGAAAGUACUGAACUACUGAAAUGUAUUUAAUACCUUAUAUUAAAAGCUUUUUUGGUGAUGGCACCUUAAAGAUGCCUCUUAUAUGGAGAAUGAUGUCACAUGCAUUGCUCAGGUGUGAUUUAUUUUUUUUUCACAAACAGAGUGUAAACAUCGUUAUGGUUCUGUGGGUCUCGUCUAUCAAAUCUGAUAUUUUGUAUUCUCCAUUGGAUUCAAGUCAGGUGAUUGGCUGGGCCAUUCUACAGCUUGAUUUUCUUUCUCUGAAAGCAUGUGAGAGUUUCCUUUACAAUGAUGAAGGACAGAGGGUUGCUGAAGAACUACUGAGAGAUUUCAGCUGCUGUCUGGGCUUUCACUGCCUUUCUACACCUUCCUUUCUUCAUGUGUUCAAUACUUUUUUCCUGCAUCAUUUCAUUUUAUUACAUGUACAUAAUUUGUGAACUAAAUAAUAUUUCUUCUUUGCAUAUAUGGAUUUCUUUGGUUGAUACUCGUAACUGGUGAAGAGUUCAAGUCAACGGCACCUUUAGAAAUAUGUUUUCUGAGAAGAAUGGUGAUGUGUUCAAUACUCCCCACCCCCCACUGUAUAUGUGCUGUGUAAAAUGUCUUCAGUUGCUUGCAAAUAUUGUCCCUUUUUGCUUCUCAAUGUGUUAUUGUAUUAAAACGGUGUUUAAAAAAAUAUUUUGACUCCAUUUGACUGUUCCUCUGUGUACUUGCUAUUAGCAGUAGAAUAAAUUGUCAUGUCUUCCUGUCUCAAGUGUCUAAAUUCCAAACAAA